GGAGGCCGGGGCGGGACAUAUGGUGUGGGCGGAGCCAGGGGCAGUGCUCGAGGCGGAAGCCCCACCCUUCUUCCCUGGCGUGUUAGGAGCUACCCCUCACCGAGGAGGAGAAUGGCGCUCAAACAGAUUUCCAGCAACAGGUGCUUUGGCGGGCUCCAAAAAGUUUUCGAACAUAGCAGUGUUGAGCUGAAAUGUAAAAUGAAAUUUGCUGUCUACCUACCACCCCAGGCCGAGAGUGGAAAGUGUCCAGCGCUUUACUGGCUUUCUGGUUUAACUUGCACAGAACAAAAUUUCAUAUCAAAGUCUGGCUAUCAGCAAGCUGCCUCAGAGCACGGCCUUGUGGUCAUUGCCCCUGAUACCAGCCCUCGUGGCUGCAAUAUCAAAGGAGAAGAUGACAGCUGGGACUUCGGCACUGGUGCUGGGUUUUAUGUAAAUGCCACUGAAGAUCCUUGGAAAGCUAACUACAGAAUGUACUCUUACGUCACCGAGGAGCUUCCACAACUCAUAAAUGCCAAUUUCCCAGUGGACCCACAGAGGACGUCUAUUUUUGGUCACUCCAUGGGAGGCCACGGAGCUCUGAUUUGUGCUUUGAAAAAUCCUGGAAAAUACAGAUCUGUGUCAGCAUUUGCUCCAAUUUGCAACCCUGUGCUCUGUCCUUGGGGCAAAAAAGCUUUUAGUGGAUAUUUGGGACCAGAUGAAAGUAAAUGGAAGGCAUAUGAUGCGACCUGUCUCGUGAAGUCCUAUUCGGGUUCCCAGAUUGACAUCCUAAUUGAUCAAGGAAAAGAUGACGAGUUUCUUUCAAAUGGGCAGUUACUCCCUGAUAACUUCAUAGCUGCCUGCACAGAGAAGAAAAUCCCUGUUGUUUUUAGGCUACAAGAGGGUUAUGAUCAUAGCUACUACUUCAUCGCAACCUUCAUCGCUGACCACAUCAGACACCAUGCUAAGUACCUGAAUGCAUGAGAAGCCUCAGCCAAGAGAAUCUCAUCAGGAGGCAGGAAGAGAAUCAGCAGGAGUGCUGACUUCCUCUCAGAAGAUUAUGCUCCUGCCGCUGAAUCGCUUUUCUGAAUAAAUAUAUCAAACUUUCUGGUUUAAA